AGUCAAGUCUUAACAGAAAUAUCUUCCUUCUGAACAUUUGGGUUGUUUCUCAACUUCUCAGAAACUAAUUAUACAAGAAAACCAAAGGAUAAUGACUCGUGUAUUGCUCACAGGCGGAAGCGGCUUCAUUGCUGCCCACACGCUCGACGUGCUACUGAAGAAUGGCCACUCCGUCGUCACCACAGUCCGGAGUCAGGACAAAAUCGACAGGAUCAAGAAGAUCUACCCAGACGUAGGAAAAGACAAGCUAGACUUUGCCAUAGUCCCCGAUAUCGCGGUCGAAGGCGCAUUCGACGAAGCCGUCGUAUCCACGCCUCCAUUUGAAGUAGUCCUCCACACAGCGAGUCCGUUCCACUUCAACGUCACCGACAUUCAAAAGCAACUCAUUGAUCCUGCGGUCAUCGGUACGACGGGAAUCCUACGCGCGAUCAAAAAGAACGCUCCCACGAUCAAGCAUGUCGUCAUAACAUCCUCCUUCGCAGCUAUAAUAAACCCAGAGAAGAUGGCAUGGCCGGGACAUACAUACUCUGAGGCUGAUUGGAACCCAAUGACCUUGGAUGAUAUCAAGGGCAGCGUCUCAUUGGGAUAUCGAGCAAGCAAGACGUUCGCAGAGAAGGCGGCCUGGAAAUACGUCGAGGACGAGAAGCCAGGCUUCACUCUAUCGACUGUGAACCCGCCAAUGGUGUUCGGACCGAUUAUCCAUCAACUUCAGGAUCUUGACAACCUAAAUACGUCCAACCAACGCAUACGAGACGCCGCGCUAGGCAAGUUCAAGGACGAGAUACCCGAUAGCGGUGUUACCCUAUGGGUUGAUGUUCGAGACGUCGCGAAAGCUCACGUCGCGGCAUUCGAAAAACCAGAGGCUGUUGGAAAGCGUUUCUUCACUACCCAGGGCACCUACAACAACAAGCAAAUCUGCCAAAUCAUAAGGAAGCAUUUCCCGCAGUACAAAGACCUGCCCACAGAAAGCACGCCGGGCGGUGAUUAUGGUGAGGCUGGGCCAUUCACAGCGGAUAAUUCGAGGUCGAUCGAGGUGUUGGGUCUGAAGUACAUCCCGUUGGAGCAGUCGAUUGUGGAUUGUGUCAAGUCGUUGCAGUCGGUUGGUCUGUAGAGUAUUUUGGAGGCAAGGGAGUUUGAUCAGGUGCGGAAGUUGUGUUCAUAGACUUUGUGUCCUAGAUUCUAGACGGCAGUUAGAAUUACCAUGUUGAGAAUGAUACCUCUGCCUUAAGUUGCGUUCACUGUUACGAGCUUGUGAGCAGCAGCCAAGACCAUGAUUCCAACAUUGGGUUGCGAGUUUGGGGCGGUGACUCUAGGUCGAGUAACAGAUUGUAUUUGCGCAAGCAGCCAUCUAUGAAUCUGGCAUGACUUUCAUGCCAUGACGCGGUGUCCCUGGUUUUGACUUAUACCGCCACCUGAUAGCUGCGAGAGGUAUUGCUUAGAGCAAAAUAUGUUUGAGAUAUCAUUCGAGUCUUAGG